AUGUCUCCUUCACCUCGCCUUUCACGGCCUUCCUCUGUCGCCAUUCCACCAACCCAGCCUUAUGGAUCUAUGAUGCCGCGCGCUCGCCCCAUCAACCAGCGCUAUCAUGGCGAUUAUGAUACAUAUCCAGGCGCAGCAGAGGCAAGGUCACCCUACGCCCAAGAUGGUUGGCGGACACCUAUCGUGGAAGACCCAGAGCACCGCGCUAAUCGAUCGAGAAACUACUUCAAUAAUGUGUCCCCGCCUGAAACUUCGAGUGAGCCACCAUGGAAGGAUUCACAAACUACGGCGGCGGCAAACGGAGAGGACGCGGAGAAAGGCAAGGCCGAGGGUAUGCUGGAUGACCACCCGAAGGUCCUCUCCUGGUCGCAACGCAUGAAGCAUGUCACUUGGGCGUGGUUCACCCUUACAAUGGCGACUGGGGGUAUCGCCAAUGUCCUCCACGCCGUGCCGUACCGAUUUCACGGUCUCUAUGCGAUCGGUGUUGCAAUCUUCUUACUCAACAUUGUCCUAUACAUCGUCAUUUGGGCCAUGAUCAUCACGCGAUUCACGCUGUACCCCUGGACCUUCCGGGCGAGCUUCACCCAUCCCACCGAAUCACUUUUCGUGCCGGCCUUCGCUGUCUCCUUUGGCACCAUCUUGAUCAACAUCGUCCAAUACGGGUCUGGUUAUGUCGGACUCUGGCUCAACCGUACCGUUUUGAUCCUGUACUGGUUCGACUGCGGCCUGGCCAUUGUCUUGAGCAUUAUCAUCUACCUCGUUCUCUGGUCCACUCAGACCUUUACCAUCGCCAGAAUGACUCCGAUAUGGAUUUUUCCUGCGUAUCCUUUGCUGAUCAUCGGUCCCCACGCCGCAAACAUAGCCACCAAGGCACUGAGCUCGAAGCAGGCGAUUCGCAUCCUGGUCGGAGGUUUCACGAUUCAAGGCAUUGGCUUCCUCGUCUCGCUAACUAUCUACUCGGCCUUUGUAUACCGGCUUAUGACGCAGAAACUGCCCGCCGAGCCACUUCGACCAGGCAUGUUCGUCUCGGUCGGCCCUUCCGCCUUCACAGUCAGUGGGACUAUCGGCAUGGCCAACGAUCUGCAUCGGGUUAUUGCUUCCUCUCCCACGUCCACAUUUAUGGAUGUGCCAGGUGUGCUUGCCGCCCAAAUCUUGAAGUUGGUGGCCACCUGGAUGUGUCUCUGGCUCUGGGGUCUGGCAUGGUGGUUCUUCUUUGUCAGCCUAGUCUCUAAUGUGGAUUGUUUGCGAGAAAAGCACCGUAUGCCUUUCGCCAUGACCUGGUUUAGCUUCAUCUUCCCCCAAACGGCUCUCACCACGGCGACCUUUGCUGUGGCCGAGGCAUUCGAUGUCGACGCUAUCCGAGUUAUUGGUUGCGUCAUGACGGCCCUGUUGAUCAUUGUGUGGUUUGUUGUCGUUGGGUUUAUGAUACGGGCAAUCGUGAAUAAACAGAUCUUAUGGCCCGAGAGGGGAGAGGAUAAGUCGGAAGGUGGGUUCAAAGCUAGGAUGGAGGACUCAGAUACCAGUGUGACGACGCUGCUGAACAAGGAGAUCCCGCCCAUGCUGAACGACGGGGGGACUCGGAUUGCCGAUGAAAAUCGUGAUGGGGAAUAG